CGCGCUCCGGCUGGCGUCGCGCGGCGCUGGGGUGUGGUGUGGCCUGGCCUGGCCUGUGAGGGCUGGCGGAGCGUGGGCUGGCGGAGCGGGCGCUUCGCGGCCCCGACGGUACUCGUCCUGCGCCACAUUUGCCUGGAGAAGCGUGGCCUUAGCUGCCUGUAGUUCUCGCUCCAGCUGAGAAAGGCAGAAACCCGAUGAGCGGCUUGGCAUCGUGCUCUGCCGAGCGGCGUCUGUGGCCAGCUCUCGGAGCGACGAGGACGGCGGCAGCGAGUGGGUGGCGCUGGGCUCCAUUGCGGCCUUACCCCUUGCCUUAGGUUAAAAGUAAUUUUCUGGUCUCCAUCAUGCAUGCCCUUUGAUAUAUUUGGGUACUGUGCAAAACCUGAAGAGUGGGAGAGAGGAAAAUCCACAAGGGACAUUAUCUCAGCACUCCCUGUUCUCCUGUUUCACCACAUAGGCUAGCAAUGAGAAGCGCUAAUCCCGAGCCACGGUCAGCAUGCAAUGGCACCCAGCUGCAAGACCCUUCAGCUGUGCUGCCUCUGUUGCAUGUCUCAUGCAGCAACUUUAACCAGUGACAGCAUCAGUGAAUUGAACCAUGAUUAUGUAUUUGUGACACCUGUCAAAGUGGAUUCCAGUGGAUCAUACAUUUCACAUGAUAUUUUGCACAGUACUAGGAGAAAGAGAUCAACUCAGAGUUCAAAGAGUUCCUUGCACUACAAAUUUUCAGCAUUUGGACAGGAACUUCACUUAGAACUUAAACCUUCGACCAUUUUAAGUGACAGUUUUGUUGUCCAGGUACUCGGGAAAGACGGAGUCUCAAAUUCUCAGGAACAUGACAUUGAGCAGUGUUUCUACCAGGGAUUUAUAAGGAAUGAUAGCACCUCUUCAGUAGCAAUAUCUACAUGUGUAGGCUUGUCAGGUUUGAUAAGGACACAGAAGAUCGAGUUCCUUAUAUCUCCAUUACCUCAGCAGCUAGCACAGGAGCACAACUACACAUCACCUGCUGGACACCAUCCCCAUGUGUUGUACAAGCGAACUGCAGAGGAGAAGGUGUACCGCUACACCGCGCAGGCCAAGCCCAAGCACUUUCCUUCUGGCCAUCACAGAAUUCACACUUCCCACAAGUAUCAUGCUCAAGCUAAUGGUUACCACCAUGGAAGGUUUCAAAAGCAACAUUUUUGUGGACGGCGCAAGAAAUAUGCACCUAAGCCACCCACAGAAGAGACAUACAUUCGCUCAGAUGAAUAUGGGACUUCUGCAAGGUUCAAAAGAUCAUCUGCUAAAAUUCAGAAAAAUGGGAGCCUAAAUGUUGAAACUCUUGUUGUGGCAGACAAAAAAAUGUUGGAGAAACAUGGCAAGGAAAAUGUGACAACGUACAUUUUAACAGUUAUGAAUAUGGUCUCCAGUCUGUUUAAAGAUGGAACAAUUGGAAGUGAUAUAAACAUUAUCGUUGUGAGCCUUCUUCUUUUGGAACAAGAGCCUAGUGGAUUGCUGAUUAAUCACCAUGCAGACCAGUCACUGAACAGCUUUUGUCAGUGGCAGUCUGCUCUGGUUGGGAAGAACGGAAAGCGCCACGACCAUGCCAUCUUGCUUACGGGUUUUGAUAUCUGCUCUUGGAAAAAUGAGCCCUGUGAUACUUUAGGAUUUGCACCUAUCAGUGGCAUGUGCAGCAAAUACCGUAGCUGCACCAUUAAUGAAGAUACAGGCCUUGGACUGGCUUUUACAAUUGCUCAUGAAUCUGGACACAACUUUGGUAUGAUUCAUGAUGGAGAAGGAAAUCCUUGCAGAAAAGCUGAGGGUAAUAUUAUGUCUCCCACACUCACAGGAAACAAUGGAGUGUUUUCUUGGUCUGUAUGCAGCAGGCAGUAUCUCAACAAAUUCCUCAGUACAGCUCAAGCUGCCUGCCUGAUUGAUGAACCUAAGCAAACAGGACAGUAUAAAUACCCUGACAAACUGCCAGGGCAGAUCUAUGAUGCUGAUACCCAGUGCAAAUGGCAAUUUGGAAUGAAAGCAAAAGUGUGCAACCUCAGCUUUGUAAAGGAUAUAUGCAAAUCUCUCUGGUGUCACAAAGUGGGUCACAGAUGCGAGACAAAGUUCAUGCCAGCAGCAGAAGGAACAGCUUGUGGUAUAAGCAUGUGGUGUCGAAGAGGACAGUGUGUCAAGUACGGGGAUCAUGGCCCCAAGCCUGUCAAUGGCCAGUGGUCAGCCUGGUCCGAGUGGUCCGAGUGUACUCGCACUUGCGGGGGUGGAGUCACGUAUCAAGAAAGACACUGCAAUAACCCAAAGCCACAGUAUGGUGGCAAAUUCUGCCAAGGUUCCAGUCGUGUUUAUCAGCUUUGUAACCAUCAGCCAUGUCCAGCAAACAGCUUGGACUUCCGUGCCCAGCAGUGUGCCGAGUACAACAGCAAACCUUUCCGGGGAUGGUACUACAAGUGGAAGCCAUAUACUAAAGUGGAAGAGGAAGAUAGAUGUAAAUUGUACUGCACAGCUGAAGAUUUUGACUUUUUCUUUGCAAUGUCCACCAAAGUAAAGGAUGGAACUUUGUGUUCUCCAAACAAAUAUGAUGUUUGCAUUGAUGGAGUAUGUGAACAAGUAGGGUGUGAUCAUGGACUUGGUUCCAAAGCUGUACUGGAUGCUUGUGGAGUUUGUAAAGGAGAUAAUUCAACGUGCAAGUUCUUUAAAGGCCAAUACUUGAUCCAGCACAAAGCUAAUGACUAUUACGCGGUGGUGACGGUGCCAGCAGGAGCACGCAGCAUACAGCUCCAGGAGAUGCAGGUCUCCACCAGCUACCUUGCGGUGCGCAACCUCGGCAAGAAGUACUACCUGACAGGGGACUGGACCAUCGACUGGCCAGGGAAGUUCUCCUUUGCUGGAACAGUUUUCGAUUAUCAGCGCUCUUUUAACCAUCCAGAGAGUCUAUAUGCAGCAGGACCAACUAAUGAGACGCUGGUCUUUGAAAUCCUGUUACAAGGCAAAAAUCCUGGGAUUGUUUGGGAAUAUACCUUUUCCAAGACCAACAAUGAAAGCAAGACAUCUGUCAAAAAGCAAAGCUACUCCUGGGUGACGGUGCAGUCAGAGUGCUCAGCUACUUGCGGUGGUGGACACCUUACAGCAAAAGCCAUUUGUUUAGAAGAUCAUCGAACACGAGUGAAUUCCUCCUUGUGUGGCCCCAGGAUGAAGCCUUUAACUGAGAUAAAGCUCUGCAAUGCUGAUCCCUGCCCAGCAUACUGGUCAGCAGGUGAAUGGAGUGCAUGCAGCAAAUCCUGUGGAGGAGGGCAACAAAGUCGUCUCAUUCAGUGUGUGCAGAGAAGAGCUUUCCAAAGAGAGGAGGUCGUGGCCCAUUCCCUGUGUCCUGUCAGCACUCCCACCCAGGUGCAGAUAUGCAAUAGUCACGACUGCCCACCUGAGUGGAGCCCUGGCCUAUGGUCUCAGUGCUCCAAGACCUGCGGGAGAGGCGUUAAGAAACGGGAUGUCUACUGCAAAAGCACAGGUGCUCCCACUGUUAAAAUCCUGCCUGAAAGCAUGUGCAGCAGGGACCAUAAACCUGAAUCCCAGCAGACCUGUGUGCUAGGACGCUGCCCCAAAAAUGACCGUCUCCAGUGGGUGAUUUCUGCCUGGAGUGAGUGCUCAGCCUCCUGUGGCCCGGGUACACAAAAGCGAGAACUAAAAUGUGGUGAGAAAAGCAUCCAUGGGAAAUUGAUCACCUUCCCUCAGAGGAGAUGCAGAAACAUCAAGAAACCAAACAUUGACCUGGAAGAAGCUUGUAACAAGGGAGCCUGUCCAUCACAGCCCUUGUAUAACAUGGUGUCUGGCUGGUAUUCCUCGCCCUGGCAGCAGUGUACAGUGAGCUGUGGAGGGGGAGUGCAGACUCGGAGUGUUCAGUGCCUGCGCCAAGGAAGGCCAGCUGCUGGGUGCUUGCCCCACCAGAAGCCAGCAGUCCUGAGAGCCUGCAACACCAACUUCUGCCCAGUCCCCGUGAAAAGAGAUGAUCCUUCUUGUGUGGAUUUCUUCACUUGGUGUCAUCUGGUACCCCAGCAUGGUGUCUGCAACCACAAAUUUUAUGGCAAGCAGUGUUGUAAAUCAUGCACGAAGAAGAACUGAUAGCAGUGUGUUAUCUGAACCCUUCAGUGAGGGGAUUCUCCUCUUCAAUUUACGUCGGAAUUAACUUUGCUUGGAGGCAAGACAUGGUGCCAUGUAAACCACUGAUCGAAGAGACCUUUCUUCUGAGGGACUGGCUGAGGUACAGGAAUUGUUGGAUAGAUGUUGAAAAAGGAAUGUUUCUUUCUUUUUUCCCUUUAUCUGCUGACCUCACUAAAGCACAGGGUGCUGUGGCUCACUUGAACAUGAAGACACGAGGGGCAGUUCUUUCUUUAAGGUGUCAUUUUGCACUGUCUUAUAUUAUGAGGAAGAAAUUCAGGCCAGGGAGCCUUUCCUGGCUUAUUUACCAGAAUGCAAAGCAAAAGAAAUUGGGAACUCGAGGAGGAAGGUUACAGCACGGCAGCAGGACAGAUCUGACUACCAGAAGUGUCCUUUCUGUUUUGAAGAUACUUUCAGCCCAGGGCAAGGAAGCUGCUCACUGCCACUUUGACAGAAGACCUUCAACUGGCUGCCGUCUGGAGAACGUGGUGUCACUCAUGUGACCGCAGGAAGUAACUGGUGCACUACAAACAUAAAUGGUGCUUCUCUGUUAGACUUGCUGCUGGAAAAGCAAGUUUGGCAUCAUGCUGUGUUCUUACCAUUUUGAAGAAUUAAUGUUCUGCUUUGUGUAAAAACUCAGAGGUGGUUAACUAGUAACUUGAAAUGUAUUCCUAGAAAUAGUCCGCCUUAGACUAUUUGCAGUUUUAAUAUUGCUGUGUUGCAAGUACAAUAGAAUUUCCUAUUUCAGCUAACUCAAGGAACUCAGAAUUGCUCAACUCAGUGGUUAUGUUUGCAACUUUCUAAGCUCCUUAGAUAGGUAAUUUUUACAUUUAAAGUAGUUUUUUUUCCAAAAGCUAGGUUGUUGGAAUACCAAGCUACUGAAGAAUGUCUUCCUUAAUCUCAGCUCUCUCUGCAAAUGUUGAUUCAUCUCUUACCCAAAGGGAAUAACGAGAAUAUUACAGCCUGUUAAUUCAUACUAAACCUCUCGAAAUAGUUAUUUAUUCACACAGUUUAUAUGAAAAAAAAAGGAAAAAGAAAUGUGGAGGAUUUACUCUAACCAAAUAAAAGUCAAUUCUAUUUUUAUACAUUCUCUUAACACUUCUGUUUAGUUCAGAUUCCACCAGCAAACAACAGAAACGUAACUGUAAUGGUAUGUGUAAUCUACUCAGGCUGAGCUGCUCAGUGAUGCUACACGUUAAACAGACUCAUAGAUUGGUUUAGGUUGGAAGAGACCUUGAAGAUCAUCCAGUUCCAGCCCCCCUGCCAUGGGCAGGGACACCUUCCACUAACCCAGGUUGCUCAAGGCAUCAUCCAGGCUGGCCUUGAUCACCUUCAGGAAGAGGGCAGCCGUGACCUCCCCAUUUUCCAAGUCUAUGUAUUGAAAAAAUACCCAACCCAUCUGCCAAACCCCUUCUGAGACAGAGCUGUGUUCUGCUGUAAUUUUCUGGGGAGUGCCUCUGAGGGCCAUAUUUAUCCAGUCCCUCCCCAUCCCACAACUUGGUUUGAUAAUGUAGUUCAGUGCUACUGCUUUCUUAAAGUACCCUUUCAGCCUAGGAUUAGCCAGCUCAGCACUAAUGCCAGACAGUGGUCACUUAAAAUUAGCAGUUCCUUCUGCAGCAGUUGAAAUGAAAACCAUGAAUUCUGUGAUACUUUAAUGAAACAAUGAUUGGAAACAUAUCUCAGCCUACAUUGCUCUGUCUUGACAGUGGACGUUGUGUAAUUAUAACCUUUCUUUUUCCCCUAGGAAAACUACAAGGGGGGGGGUGUUUUGUUUUUAUAACUGUGUCCUUUUUAUUAUUUUAUGUAAAAUAAUUAAUUUAUUAAUGCAUAGCUUUUCCUUUAUAUUUCUUUGCUCACUUCCUUAAGUGACAACUGAGGAAAAAAAAAAGGUAGUGUCACAAAUGAUGAAUUAUGAUGUAAAAAAAAAAAGGGGGGGCAAAAAUUCUAAGUGUAAUAUUUAAUUAUUUUAUAAGCUUUGUAAUAAAUACUCUAACUGGUUCAUUAUAUUUGGAAUUGUAAAAUUCAUGAAUAAAUAAGGAGGUUAUAAGCAAGUAGCAAGUAA